CAGCUCCGUCGUGUACGUGGCUCCGCCCCUUCCACCGGCUGCAUGUCGGCGACCAAUAGCUGCCGCUUCCUCAUUUCAGCACUGGAUACAACAGAGAGAGCUUCAAAGAGAGACCCAGACUGUCUACCCAGAGAGGAGAGGGAACCUCACACCGGCGGGCUGUGAUGCGUAGCGGGGCUCUGCUGGCUCAACAACACAUGGGAUAAAACCACCCGGUCACAUUUAACCGCGUAUUGUGUUUAGUGUAUGUAGGCUAUGUGUGUGUGCGCGUGUGUGUAUGUGCGUGCCGCGAGGACUGAAGAAAUGCUCUUGUAGCGCGAGCGCGAAUGACACUAUCGCCCGCGAGUUUGCUUCGCAGAAAUAUUCGGCGGUGCCCUAACUUGGAGCCGUUUGGACGUUGAGCAAGUUUUUUUUUUUUUUUUUUGUUGAUUGUUGUUGUUGUAUUUACUUCAAAUUACAUUCGAGUCGUUUACUUGGAGCCCCCAGCCCAAAAAAAAAAAAAAAAAAAAAAAAAAAAAAAAGCCCAGGACGAGAUGGAGAGCGACAAGUACUUGCCAGAGCUUAUGGCAGAGAAGGACACGCUGGACCCGUCUUUUCAGCACUCCAUGCGGCUACUGGAUCAAGAGAUCGAAAAAAUUCAGAAAGAUGAGGGGAAGGAAGAGGAGAAGUUCAUUGACGUCGUCAUCAACAAGAACAUGAAACUGGGCCAGAAAGUUUUAAUACCCGUCAAGCAGUUUCCUAAAUUUAACUUUGUCGGCAAACUCCUCGGGCCACGCGGGAACUCGUUAAAGAGACUACAGGAGGACACUCUCACAAAGAUGUCAAUUCUCGGAAAAGGAUCCAUGAGAGACAAAGAAAAGGAAGAAGAGCUACGGCAAAGCGGCGAGGCCAAAUAUCACCACCUGAACGAAGACCUGCACGUCCUCAUCGAGGUGUUUGCCCCGCCGGCUGAGGCCUACGCCAGGAUGGGUCACGCUUUGGAGGAGAUCAAGAAGUUUCUCAUACCAGAUUACAAUGAUGAAAUCAGACAGGCCCAGCUGCAGGAGCUCACAUACCUGAACGGCGGCUCAGAGGAUGCCAAGGUGCCAUCGGUGAGGGGCAAGUCAGUCGCCCGUGGAAGAGGGACACCUGUUCCAGGGCCUCCCAGGAGUCGAGGAGGAGUUCCUCCGCUGCAUGCGGCGGUGCCCCGAGGAGCAGCACCCAGAGGAGCCCCGCCAAUCCGGGCUCCGUCUUCCAGAGGGAGGGGGGUUCAGAGAGCCAGAGGCGCUCCCCCAACUGCCGGGUACCGGCCGGCUCCUCCCAUAGUUCAGGACACAUAUGGCGAAUAUGAAUAUGACGACGACUACGGAACAGCUUACGAUGACCAAGGAUAUGAAUCGUAUGAUACCAGCUACAGUAAUCAAGGACAAAACUCAGAUGACUACUAUGAAUAUGGACACAGUGGGGAAUCAUAUGACUCAUACGGUGUGGAAGAGUGGGCAAACAAUCGCGGCAAGGCACCGCCGGCGCGAACAACCAAGGGAGUGUACAGAGAUCAGCCAUACACCAGAUAUUGAACUGUUUAUACAACCUGCACCUGAGUCCUCAUGGCUGUUUCAACCCAAGUAAUGGAUUUUUUUAUGGACGCUCCCACCUUUUUAGAAUUGAAAACUAAACCGCAAAAUAACAAAAAAAAAAUGAAAACGGCAAAAGGGAGACACUGAAUGAAGUAAAAACCGGCUUCCAAAUAUGGCAUCCCCCCCACCCCUGAUUAUAAAAUCAUACUCCCACUGGUAAAAAUGUGCAAAGCAAUUUAGGUAAUCUAUCCUUUCCUCCAGGAGAAAUCGACUGGACGUUGCGAUUAAGAAAGA